UUUCGAAGAGCCAUGACGCUGAGCGAGUACGGGUCCGUUGCGCUCGACAUCAAGCAGGACCGCCCGGCGCGGUCGGCCGUCGCCCACUCUCUGCUGCACCAGCAAGACGCCAACGAGGUCCGCUGCCUCCCGCAGGCCACGUCGCAGCGCGUGCAGCUGGCCAUCUCGGCGUCCAUCGUCAUCAACAUCAUCCUCGCGAUCGCCAAGACGUACGCGGCCGUCGUCAGUGGCUCGCUCGCCGUGCUCUCGUCGCUCGUCGACUCGAUUCUCGAUCUGACGUCCCAAGGCCUCUUUUGGUUUACGGACCGCUACAUGCACACGCCGAGCCCCGACUACCCGGCGGGCCGCCGCCGCCUCGAGCCGAUCGCCGUCGUUGUCUCGGCUACGCUCAUGGGCAUGGCCUCGCUCGAAGUAGUGCAAAAGUCGAUUGCGACGCUCAUUGAAGGCUUCAACGGCCACCUCCCGGAGCUCGACAUGUCCAUUUUGACGAUUGCGGUGCUGGCGAUUGCAAUCGUGGUCAAGCUCAUCCUUUGGUUCCUCUGCGCGCAAAUCGCGCACGUUUCGCCGUCGGCCGCGGCGCUCGCCCAGGACCACCGCAACGAUGUCUUUAGCAACGCCGUCGCCGUCACGACGUCGAUGAUUGCGCACUACAACGUUGAGAUGUGGUACCUCGACCCGAUCGGCGCCAUUUGCAUCUCGAUCUACAUUACGUGGAGCUGGCUCGAGACGGGCAAGGAGCAGGUCGACCGGCUCGUUGGCAUUCAGGCUGACGAGGAUUUCAUUGCGCGCAUCGACGGCAUUGCCGACACGCACCACCCCGACAUGCAGUCGGACAUUGUCCGCGCGUACCAUUUUGGCAACAAUUUUUUGGUGGAGCUCGAAGUCAUCAUGCCCAAGUCGAUGACGGUCGGCGACGCGCACGACAUCAGUCUCGCGCUCCAGAAGAAGGUCGAAGAGCUCGACGCCGUCGAGCGGGCGUUCGUCCACGUCGACUACGAGUCGCGCGAUUACGACGAGCACAAGGACCCGACGAUCCGGAAGGACUCGUCGUAAGCGUAUCGAGUCAACACCACGGCGGUCAGGCAAAUAGAUCUUUUGGUGUGUCACUCGACUCCA